UGCUCGGAGAAGAUGAACCACAAGAAUUGGAGCGAUCGUGCAGAUCGGGAUUUAUUCUUUACGAUUUUGUCAGUUAAGCAAAUCGGAGUGAUAAGUGGGGCGGAAUGGCAAACAAUCGGCAGCCACAUGCGCACGCUAGGCUAUGGCUUCACCAAUGAAGGAUGUCGCCAACACUUCCAAGGCUUGCGGCGUGCCCAGAACAAAGCCGAAGCCAAUGACAAUGUCGAAAGUAGUCCCAGGAGAGCAGACCCGACAUUGAACCCCAUUACACGCAGGCCUGGACCCGGACGUGGACGUCCGCGAAGGUUGCCAGGACAGUCAGGAGAAACACCUACCGCUGGAGAGGCUCCCGUAACACCGACAACCCCGGCGUCUGCCCAAGACCAGCCAGACAUAAAAUAUCACGGCCAACCACAAGCAGACCCUCAGCUUCAAGUGCAAAUUGGGGAUACACAUCUGCAAAACUCUUCCCUUCGUCAUGCCCACCAGCAGCACGACUUACAUCAAAAUGAGCCUUCGCAGCAUUGUAAUCAACAGCAAGAGCAACAACAACAGCAACAGCACCACCAACCACAGUCACAACCCCAGCCCAUGGCAAUGAUGGUUCCUUUACAUACAGACGGCAUUGAUUUUGGCCCUCACGAUCCCGAUGAUGAUGACGAUGCCGGGCAUGAUAUAAAACGACAACGACAGGAAUCGCCCACUGAUCCCUCUCUGGAUGACGAGGCAGUACUCCAUGCUCUGGCUGCCGCCAACGGCACCGGACCUGUUGAUACUUAUUCUGAUGAAGCAAUGCCUAUGAAAUGGGAUGAUGGCGCUGUUGCCAUGUUGUGCGGCACGAUUGUUGCGAUCCUUGGCACUGAUGGCAUCACUCAGGAUCAAAAGGACGCAAUCGUACAGAGGAUGAAUUCCGCUGGCUACGACGUUGCCUGGAACGGUAUUAGAUUCGAGGAUAUCAAGGGACAUCUUUUUGAAGCCAUCUGGCGCGUCACUGCUCCGUCGUUUGGGCCGGAUCAGCAGAUGGCAGUAAUCAGCCAUCUCAAGGCCAAAGGCAUCGAGAUGACCUGGGACGCUGUGCGGUGGGACGACAAGUCCGACCGCGACCUGCUCAUUGCGGCCAUCACCGAGCUGACUCCAACUCCCGAGCAAAUGAAAAACAUCGUUCAGAGAUGCCACCAAGCUGGAUACACCUUUACCGUCUCAGCUGCAACACAACAUCUUCAGAAACUGAAGAAAAAGGACCCCAUGGGUCCUAGCGGACCCACGCCCUCCACCCCAAAGAGCAAGAAGACUGGCGCCUCUGCCGCGGGCUCCGGUGCCAAGUCCACCUCGAAGAGAGGUCGUAAACCUGCCAAGAACACCAGUUGGUAG